AUGAUAACAACAAAUGUAUUAGAAGAAUCUUUAAGUUUUGGACCUUUACCAACAAGUUUAAUGAUAGCUGAACCAGCAUAUUUAAUUGCACAAACAACAACAGAUCGAUUAUCUGAAUUACCAACAAUCUAUGCUGAUCCUAAACGAUUAUCUGAUCCAAUACGUCUUAUUGAAUGGGUAUGUAAUCUACGUUGUGCUAGAUGUCCAAGUGAACAAAAUAUGGAAUUAGUUUAUUGUCAUCAAUUAGGUCAAUCAUUCUAUCGAACAACACGUAGAAUUGAAGCUGGUGAAGAAUUAUUAAUUUGGUUUCGAAGACAAGAUUUACAACCAUUAGUUACAGAAUACUUGAAUAAUUUGUAUAUUUCCGAAGCAUGGAUAGGACAUAGAGUAAAAGCAACGGAUCUAUUACAGAAAGAUUAUGAACAAUUUGUAAAUCCACAUAAAUCUUUCAAUACAGAAUAUUGCAAAUUUCAAUGUUCCAGAUGUCAUGAUGAAUUCACUUACAUUUAUCCCUAUAUAUCACAUUGUUUAUUUAAAUGUCAAAAACAAACUAUCAUUCAAAGUAUUCAAUGGUUCAAUCAUCAUAGAUUCAUAGAAUCAAAUGAGUUUCCUAUUGAAUUAACUAAUAAAUAUACAUAUCAAAAAAAUAUCGAUUUAUUAUUACAUAACAAUAUGAAUACACCAUUAAAUCAGAACAAAUUAGAUCAUCAUGAGAAGAACACAAUUGAAAAUGAUGAUGAUGAUUAUGAUGUUGAUGAUGAUGAUGAAGAUGAUGAUGGUAAUGAUAAUGAUACACAAGUAACGAUUGAAACUAGAUCCAAUAAAAUAGAGGAUCAAUUACAGAAGGUGGGAAAUAUUGGGAAAAUGAAUGAAUUAACAUCUAUGAAAAAUUUCAAUUCAUUACAUAGAAAAUAUUUACAUAGAAUUCAAUCUAAUCAUAAAAUUGUCGAACCUUUUAAAACAUUAAAACAAACUACUUAUAUAGAUAAUAGUAGUAAUAAUUUGUAUACUAAAAAAUCUAAAUUAAAAACUACAUUAUUACCAUUAAAAUCUCGUAAUCCAUUAGUUGAACAAUUAUUACAGACAAUCAUGUCACAUAAAAUAGAUUCAAAUGUUGAGAAUAAUUCAUCCAAUCUAAUUUCGAAUAUGACAUUAUCAUUAAAAAAACCAAUAUCAUCAACAUCAUCAUCGACGACGAUGGCAACUAUGACACUGACAACAACAACAACAACAACACACAACAUCACCGUUAAUAAGUAG